CUGACAAGAAGCAGAAGAAGAAGAAGAAGAAGAAAGGAAGGAAAUGCCUUCCGUAUUGCGCGGGCGACGCAUGCAGACGUAUAGCAAAGCAUCAUUGUAACAAGCGUGGAGGUUCACUAUAAUAACAUUCAAUCAAAUCCAAACGAUAGGCAUUAACGAUGAUUAUUCCAGUUCGAUGCUUCACUUGUGGAAAGAUUGUGGGUAACAAGUGGGAAGCGUACCUUGGCCUUCUUCAAGCCGAGUAUACCGAAGGUGAUGCUCUUGAUGCUCUGGGCUUGAAGAGGUACUGUUGUCGGAGGAUGCUCCUUGCUCACGUGGAUCUUAUUGAGAAGUUGCUGAAUUACGCUCCACUAGAAAAGUGAUGUUACCCCUUCCAUCGUAAAAGGAAAACUAUCAACGGACUGACUCCAAGUUGUGACACCACUACCAGCAUGUAGACUGUGGCUAUAUAACAGUGAUGAUGGGGCAAACACCUGUGUUCAAAGUGGGAAGCCUUGAUAUAGCAAAUGUAAAAUAUCAAACUAGACUUUUCUUAAUAAAAUGAACAACGUUUCUCAAUUUCA